UUGAAUUUAAUAUAUGCUUUUUUUAUUCUUAUUUUAAAUUAAUUAAUAUUUUUUUUAUGUCUUCUGUGCUGUUACUAGACUACACUGCAGUGCACACAUAGAAAGUAACAGAACAGAUUUCCAGUUUGAGGAAAAGUAUGAAACACAAUGGAGUUUGAACACUUUAUUCGUUUACUAUUACUAUCUUCAUAUUUCAUGGGGAACAGUUCAGGCCGGUUUGGCACAAGUGGACAAAUUACGAAUGCUGUGUUGAACUUGUUGAACAAUAACGAAGCAACUACAACAACAACAACAACAAAAACAACAACAACAGCAACUACAACUACAACUACAACAGAAAAAGAAUGUUUGGAUCCAAGCUGUCUCGAUAUUGACAAAGACUAUACUUGGAAUUAUAUUGAAGUCGCCAGUAGUUGCUCUCCUACAAACCAAAACUAUUGCACUGAAAACGAUGUGAAGUAUGAGGGUGGCGACCUAAUAUUAGUUAGAAGGGUAACAGGUUCUGAGGACUGUGAAUGCAGUUGCAGCAAAAACAGUCAAUGUACUUGGUAUUUUUGGGAAACUUCAGGAGGAUGUUUUCUAAUGCAGGGCCUACCCACCAGCAAACAAAUCAACACCCAAGGCGUCUCAGGGUUUAAAACCGGAUGCCCAACAACAACCACUUCAUCUACAACUACAACUAUAUCAACAACCACAACAACAACAACAACCACUUCAUCUACAACUACAACUAUAUCAACAACCACAACAACAACUACUGCAACCACAUAUACAACUACAACUUCCACUUCGACAACAACAACUACCACAACUACUACAACCACAACAAAAACCACUACUUUAACCACAACAACAACCACUACUUCAACUACGACUAAAAGACCAAAAAGAAUAUGUAAGCGUUUUAACAACUAAUAAUAUAGAAAAUAUGCCUGAUAAGAUAUCUAUGACUAAACGUGUUUAAUGAACAAAUAUUAAAAAUAAUUUAGUUAUAGAGUGAUAACCAAAACACAAUGAAAUAGGAAGACGACAUUAUAACAACACUUGAGUGUAUUUGAUGUUGUCAAAGAGCAAAUA